AUUUGCUCCCUCGUUUACUCACUUCACUUCCUCCUCGACCGCAUUUGCGUCUGCUCUCUCACUUGCUCUCCACCUACUCUUGGCGAACUACAGCUCCAAAGCGCGGAAGAAGCGGUUAAAACAAGCAUAGACGAGCUACGGGCAGGGCCGGUCAAUACACACACAAUGUCGAAGGAACUCUCCUACUCCGAUGUUUCGGAACACACCAGCAAGAAGGACCUGUACAUGGUCAUUCAUGACAAGAUCUACGAUGCCUCGAGCUUUGUGGACGAGCAUCCCGGCGGUGAAGAAGUCAUGCUCGACGUAGCAGGCCAAGACGCCACCGAAGCCUUCGAAGACGUCGGACACAGCGACGAGGCGCGCGAAAUCCUCAACGGCCUGCUAAUCGGCACGCUGCAGCGAAAGGACGGCGACCCCAAGCCCAACGUCGGCGGCGGCAGCCUCGCCUCCAGCGCACCCAAGCCGGGCGCCGUGCAGUCGCAGGGAAUGGGCAUGACGCUGUACGCGGUGCUGUUGGUUGGAGGCGCGCUGGCGUUUUUCGCCUACCAGUACUUGAAUGCUAAGGCUUAGGGGGCUGCUACUACUGGAUUGGAUGAGGCGGUUCUGGACGAGGUGUAGGGGUAGAGCAGUAGAUGGGCGGGGCAGGGAGGAUGUACAGGAGAGGGGCAAAAGUGGAGGAGGGUGUAUAGCUCUGUUGACGCAUAGCAGGAAGCAGCAAGAAGCAAGAAGCAAGAAUGAAGAAAAGAAGCAUAGACGAAGCGCUACACAAUCCUUCCGCUCCUCCACCAUCACGAUCGUCGCUCCAACAAACACCCCGCCCGCACCCCCUCCCC